GCCUGUUUGUUUUUCUUGUCUAAGUUUAUUGCAAAAUGAAUUGUUUCAGCAUUAACGCUGUUGGUGCUGGGAGUGAUUUCACAGGUUUUCUGCAGUUAGUAGGUGUCUCUUCCAUGGACACUAGGUACACCUAUAACACUAAUGAAUGGAAAGUGUCUUCAUAUCCAUUAUACCAUUCUGUUUAUGAAACUUUCCAUUUGAUGAGCAAGCUUAUAGACAGAGGGUUUCAGUACCAUCUUGCUGUCUCUAGACUGUGGGGAGAAAUAGCCAGAUCACUGGCUGAUUCUUUGAUUAUUCCACUUAAUGUUGAAGAUUAUGCAGAGACAAUUGUGCAGCUGAAAGAAAGCCUUGAUGCAGGGUAUGGACAGCUGAUGAGGGACAAUGGCUUAGGGGAGGGUUUAUCAUAUCUGGAAGAUGCAGUGAGAAAUUUCACAGAUGUAGCCAAAGAUUUCCAAAAGCGACUUUCAAAAUUGGACAAAACAAGUCCCUUGGCAGUACGAGCAAUGAAUGAUCAACUGAUGUAUUUGGAAAGAGGUUUUAUUGACUCAGCAGGACUGCCUGGCAGAAAAUAUUUCAAGCAUAUUCUCUUUGCUCCAAGUAGCCAUAACUCCUAUGCUGGAGAAGCCUUUCCAGGUCUGGUCGAUGCUAUGUUUGAAAUUGAAAAGACAUCUUCAGCAGAGAAAACCAAAAGAUGGGAAGAAGUUAGAAAGCAUCUUUCUGUAGUAACCUUUACCAUCAUGUCAGCUACAUCUACAUUAGUAGACCACAUCCAAUUUUAAUCUCUAUUAAAUGCUACAGCUUUCUUCUUGCUGUCCAAGCUCAAAUGAUUAGAAACAGUCAUGUAUAUCACAUGUCAAAGGGUAGAACAUUUUAAAGCAGGAAAUACAACAUAGGUCAUACAAAAUUGAUGAGAUGGUAACGAGCAAGGUCUCUCUGUAAACAUUGUCAGUAAGCAUUUAUAGAGGAGGAAAUUUAAUAUCAAAUUCAGAGUGAGCAAUUUUAAAAGUAUAUAAAGAACAGCAUAUUAUUUCU